AAGUGUCGUUUUAGCAUAAAGCUCUCCAACCAAGAUAAAUGAAUUGUUAUAAUUUUUUUCCCAUUGUACCCUCAUUUUAAUCCACCAUAUACUUUCUCUUUCUAAAUAAAAUUCAUUAAUAUAAGUACUCAUUAAAUUAUUUACUUCAAAUAACUAAUUCCAUAAUUUUCUCCACAUAACUCUCUCUCUCUUCCGUUGCAUUUUUCAACUACUCCUAAAUUUUUGGAAUUAAUAUUGCUUGCUAUAGGAAUACGUACUGCUUGCAUUUUCAUUAAUGGCUAAAGGAAAACUUAUUGCUUAUUGUUUCAAUGAAUGGCUAAAGGAAAAAAUAUUCCCUCCAAUUAUUUUAAUAAAAACUUAAGUUUCCCACCGAAAAAUUAAAACCAGUAGUACAUAUAGUAUGGUUUCAUAUUAUAAGUUCAAAAUAUUUACAACUCAUAAAAUAUGGAUUUAGAUAGUGAUACAGAAACAUCAUUAACAAACCAACAUAUAUUUGAGUUAUAUGAGUUUGAUGAAGAUAACUUAGAAGAGGAGUUUGAAGCAACCAAUAAUAUUGAUGAGUCCUGUGAAGAUAACUUACAAGAGGAGGUUGAAACAAACAAUGACACAGUGUAUAUUGCAGAAAAUGUUGAAGCAGAACCUAGAGAAAAAAAGAGAUUAAGAAUCUUAAGCAAUGAAGAACGCAUGUAUAUUUAUCAUGAGCUACUACAAAAAAGCGUUGAUGGAAAAUUACGUAAAGGAGCUACAAAUGAGGUGGCUUCAUCAAAUUCGGUUCCUCUAAGAACUGUUCAACGUAUUUGGAAAAGAGCAAAAGAAAGUGAAACACGUGAUGUCUCUCAUAGGAAGACAAAAAAUUGUGGACGUAAGAGAAUCUCAAUUGAUGAGAAUCAAAUUCGUGAACUUCCUUUCAGUCAAAGAACAAACAUUCGAUCUUUAGCUUUUGCGUUGAAAACCAAUCCAACAUCGGUGUUCAGGCUUAUAAAAUCAGGGGCUAUACGGCGUAAUUCAAAUGCCAUAAAACCACUGUUGAAAGAAGAAAACAAAAUAUCUAGGCUGGAAUUUUGUUUAUCAAUGCUUGAAGGUACACCACAUGAUCCAAUGUUUAAGAGCAUGCACAAUAUUAUUCAUAUUGAUGAAAAAUGGUUUUAUAUGACUAAAAAAUCCGAGAAGUAUUAUUUGCUCCCAGAUGAAGAUGAGCCAUAUCGGACAUGUAAGAGCAAAAAUUUCAUUGCCAAAGUUAUGUUCUUAGUUGCUCAAACUCGACCACGAUUUGACUCAGAAGAAAAUGAAACUUUUUCGGGUAAAAUUGGUGUUUUUCCGUUUGUUACCCAUGAACCGGCUAUAAGGUCAAGUAUUAACAGAGUUGCGGGAACAAUGGUAACAAAAGCAAUAACUACGGUAAAUAGAGAUGUGGUAAGAUCAUUCCUUAUUGACAAAGUUCUACCCGCUAUAAGAGAAAAAUGGCCAAGAGAUGAAUUUGAGUCAACAAUAUUUAUCCAGCAGGAUAACGCAAGGACGCAUAUAAACCAUGAUGAUCCUUUAUUCCGUGAAGCUGCCACCAAGGAUGGGUUUGAUAUUCGUUUAAUGUGUCAGCCUGCAAACUCUCCAGAUUUGAAUAUCUUAGACCUUGGUUUUUUCUCGGCUAUACAAUCAUUGCAAUACAAGGAAGCACCGAAAACUAUUGAUGAACUUAUCAGUGCAGUGGUGAAGUCAUUUGAAAAUUUUCCUUCAAUUAAGUCCAAUCGUAUAUUUGUAUCAUUGCAACUAUGCAUGAUAGAGAUCAUGAAAGAGAAAGGUUCCAAUAAAUAUAAAAUUCCUCAUGUAAAUAAGGAAAGGCUUGAAAGAGUAGGACAACUACCAAUUCAAAUUAAGUGUGAUCCAAUAUUAGUACAAGAAGUCAAAAAUUACUUAAACAUGGAGUAA